AUGGCGAAUCCGAGGCAGAGGCGCAAGUCGCGCUCGUCGAAGUACUCGGGCGCGACCAAGAGCGCCAAGCGCGCACAGAAUAAACGGAUUCACCGCGGCCCCAGCGUCAUGGGCCCCGAGGUGAUGCGCGAGCAGUGGGACAAGUCGCUAACCCCCCGCCAAAACUAUGCCAAGCUCGGCCUGGCCCCGUCGCUGGUCCCCCAGUCCGGCGGUCUCGACCGCAAGGAUCCCUAUGCGAAUGUGAAGCGCGCGGAGCCGCAAGCCGCCGCCCCGAAGGCGCGCAAGGGUAUGGCGCGGAUCGUGCGCAACGAGCAAGGCGAGGUCGUGGAUAUUAUCGAAGAGGACGGCGAGAAGGACGAGGACGCGACUCCGUGGGGCAGCGCGAUGAAUGCGGAUGAGGACGAGCCCGCCAACCUCGUCAUGCUCCCCCCGCGCCUCCACGCAAAGGACGGCGAGUCGGUCGAAGCCCUCGCCAAGCUCGCAGAGGAGGACCGGCCCGUGUCGCGCUUCUCGUCGUCGAACGAAUUUGCGUGGCUCGCCGAGCUCGUGCAUAAGCACGGCGACGAUAUCGACGCCAUGGUGCGCGACCGCCACCUCAAUAUCUGGCAAAAGACGGCAGGCGAAAUCCGGCGCGCACUCCGCAAGGCAGGCGGCAUCGACAACGUACGCAUUGAGUAG